AUGUUCACCCUCGGCGGCAAGUCCCUGAUCGCCAGGAGGAGGCGCCGCACCACCACCCCCGGCUUGUCGUCGUCGUCGUCUGCGUCCUGGGCCGAGCUGCCGCCCCUCGCGCGCGAUGCCUCCCCCGAGAGCGUCCUCGCCGCCUUCGCCGGCAUGGCCGCCGACGACGCCCUCGAGCACCUGCAGACGCAGCGCGACGGGCUGACCGAGUUCGAGGCCGACGCCCGCCGCGAGGUCAAGGGCGCCAACGUCCUGCCCACGCACAAGCCCCCCUCGUGGAUCAUGACGCUCCUGCGCGCCAUCCCGAAUCCCUUCAACGCGUUGCUCUUUUUCCUGGCCAUUAUCCAGGUCGCGCUGCCCGGCGGCGAUUGGGCCGGCUUCGUGGUCAUGUGGAUCAUGAUCGGCGUCUCCGUCGGCGUCCGCUUCUGGCAAGAGUACCGCAGCGACGUCAAGGUCUUCCGCCUGCAGUCGUCCGUCAGCAAGCCCAUCCGCGUGCGCCGCCUGCCCGCCAGCGUCGACCUCGUCACCGGCAAGGCGCAAACGUCGGAUUUCCAGACGGUCGCCGAGAGGGACCUCGUGCCCGGCGACAUCAUCCAGCUGCCGCCGGGCUGCGUCGUCCCCGCCGACUGCAUGAUCCUCGAGUCGUCCUUCCUGCGCAUCAGCCAGUCGACCUGGACCGGCGAGAGCGAGCCCGUCGCCAAGCUUGCGUGCGUCGCCGGUGGCAAGGAGGCCGGGCUUUUUGACCAUGAGAAUGUGGCCGUCAUGGGCACGAGCGUGGUGUCUGGCAACGGCGUCGCCCUGGUGCUGCGAACUGGCGGAGACGUGCUCAUUGCCAACAUGGCCAAAGACCUGGAAAAGAAGCGCGAGAAGAAUGCUUUCCAGAGGGGUAUCCGCAACGUGAGCCUCAUGCUCAUCGGCUACAUGUGUGUCAUGGUCCCCGUGGUUCUCGUCAUCAACGGUCUCACCAAGAAGGACUGGGGCCAGGCCGCCAUCUUCAGCGUCAGCGUCGCCGUCGGCCUUGUGCCCGAGAUGCUCCCCGCCAUCGUGCAAGGCAACCUGGCUCGCGGCGCGUACGUGCUGUCCAAGAUGAAGGCCAUUGCCCGACGACUCGACUCGGUUCAGAAUAUUGGCGCCAUGUCUGUUCUGUGCAGCGACAAGACUGGAACCCUCACCAAGGACGAGAUAACCCUCCGCCAACACGUCGACACCACUGGCGCCGACAACAUUGCGGUUCUCCAGCUAGCCACGGUCGACGCGCACAUUCAGGGCAGUAACGGCAACAACAUCGACGCGGCCAUCAUGGCGCACCGCGGAGCCGACGGCGAGCCCGUACCCGUCGCGCAGUACACCAAGGUCGUCGCCAUUCCCUUCACGUUUGAACGCCGCCGCAGCGCCUGCGUGGUCCGUGGCGUGACGGGCCAGAACCUGCUCAUAGUCAAGGGCGCGCUCGAGGAGGUGAUCUCGCUGUGCUCGGCGGUGCGCGAGGGCGGCAUCUGCGUCGCCAUGGACGUGGCUAAGAAGCUUGACAUUGAGCGUCGCGCCGAAGACUUCAACCGACAGGGCUACCGCGUGCUCCUCGUGGCGCAGAAGAAGCUCACGGGCGUCGAGCUGGACGACGAGGACGGCCUGCACCAGCUCGAGGGCGAGAUGACGCUCGAGGGCAUGCUGACCUUUAUCGACCCGCCCAAGGAAGACGCCGCCGCCGCCAUUGCGCAGCUCAGGGAGCUCAACGUCGACGUCAAGGUGCUCACGGGAGACAGCCUGGCCGUCGCUCUCAACGUGUGCCAGGCGCUGGACCUUGUCAGCCCUUCCGAGCUGACCGAGGACGAUGACGUCCAGGCCAUCACAGGACCCGAGCUCGCGCAGCUGGGCGACGGCGCGGCGUUUGAGGAUGCCGUCCGUCGCUGCAAGGUGUUUGCGAAGCUGACGCCGCAGCAAAAGGCGCUGGUCGUGGGCACCCUGCGAGACAAGGACGGCCACUGCGUGGGGAUGCUGGGCGACGGCAUCAACGACUGCAUGGCGCUGCGGAGGGCCGAUGUGGGCAUCUCGGUGGACUCGGGCGCGAGUGUGGCCAAGGACUGCGCCGACAUGAUCCUGACGGAGAAGGGACUCGAUAUUAUCGUGUCGAGCGUGCGCAUCGGUCGCCUGACGCACGGCAACUCCAUCAAGUACAUCAAGAUGGUGACAUCGUCCAACUUUGGCAACGUGUUUUCUGUCCUCGUCGCGAGCGCGUGGCUCCCGUAUGAACCGAUGUCUGGGCUGCAGAUUCUCCUGCAGAACCUGCUCUACGACGUCAGCCAGAUCGCCAUCCCAUGGGACAACAUGGACGAAGAGUACCUGACGACACCCAAGCGCUGGAACUCGUGGGACCUGCUCAGGUUCACGCUCGUGCUGGGCCCGACGAGCUCCGUCUUCGACAUGUGCACGUACAUGUUCAACUGGUUCUACUACAGGGUGCGGACGAACGACAACGACCAUCUUGUGGGCAUGGCCCAGGCGCACUGGUUCAUGCAGGGACUCCUUACGCAGACGCUCAUCGUGCACCUGCUCCGAACGGCCAAGAUCCCCUACCUGCAGUCACGGCCCGCGAUGCCUCUGGCGCUCUCGACGUGCGCCAUCAUGGCGAUUGGCUUCGCCAUCCCGUGGGUGCCGCCGUUCCGGUCCGCGCUGGGCUUCGAGCGGCCGGCUCCCUCGUUUGUGGGCUUCCUGGUGGCCGAGCUCGUGGGAUACGCGCUCGAGGUGCAGCUGGUCAAGGUCAUCUACAGGCGCAUCUUCAAGACGUGGCUGUAG